AGAACAGAACACAAGUAGGGUUUUAAGUUUUAACAGAAGCUUAAGAAUCACAGCGGAAGGCAAGUGUAGUAGAGAAAGAAAGAUAUCUAUAGGCGAUGGCUUUUCUGAGUAAAUUCGGCAACGUAUUGAAGCAGACGAGGAGCAAGCAGCUCAAUGCUCAUGGUUCUUUAUCAAGAAGCCCUUCGCUUUUUAAGGCGAUAAGGUGCAUGUCAUCUUCUAAGCUCUUCAUUGGAGGUAUGGAGUAUGGGAUGAAUGAGGAUAGCUUAAGAGAAGCUUUCAGCAAAUACGGCGAAGUCGUUGGAACGAAGGUUAUUUUGGAUCGUGAAACUGGUAGGUCGAGGGGAUUUGGGUUUGUUACAUUCACUGAUGCAGAGGCGGCCUCUAGUGCUAUCCAGGCUUUGGACGGGCAGGAUCUCCAUGGCCGUAUUGUUAAAGUGAGUUAUGCACAUGAUAGAACAAGUGGCGGUGGGUUUGGAGGUGGUGGGUUUGGGAGUGGUGGAGGUGGUUAUGGUGCUGGCGGUUAUGGAGGCGGUGGAGCUGGUGGAUAUGGUGCAAGUGGUGGCUAUGGAUCUAGCAGCAGCGGUUAUGGUGAGGGCUCAAGUGCAGGUGCUGUUGGUGGCUACAAUGGAAGUAGUGGUUAUGAUAGUGGCAAUACCUACGGCAUCAACAAUGGUGGAUUCGCUGGAGACAGCCAGUUUAGUGGAAACCCAGUUGGUAACAGCUCUCAGUUCGGUGGUGAGAACACUCAGUUUGGUGUUGGUGGGGGUGAGGCUCAGUUUGGAGGCAUGGAGAACACUGAGAUGGAGAAUGGACCAGUGGGAGGUUUCGAAGAUGACACUGAUGUUGCCAAAAGAGCCUGAAGCAACUAGCAAAAUA